UAUGGCUACCGAAACUUGACGUUGUGGCAGAAGAAAGUAUUUAUUUGAAAAUAUCGCAAUGUAUUUUCCUUUAGGGUGGCCAAAAUACUUGAAAAGCCUUCAGAAAGGUUCAAGGCCAUUACAGUAUGUGAUAAGUAGCUGUGAUCGAAUGCUGUUUGCUGUCAUUACAGAGGAUAGUCUCAGUAUUUGGUACAGUAAGCCUUCUGUCCAGAUUGUUAGUUACACUCACCCUUACACUGAGAUUUCUUCCAUUGGGACAUUUAAUCUGGUGGAAUGGAAGCCAGACUCCUCUAUGAUAGCAGUUCUGACAUCCAAAUUAAACAUUUUAUUCUUCAAAGUUGAACUUGAUGUAUCUGUGCCAAACCACCAUUGUUUAUAUGUUCAACAUGAGGGCAAAAAUCAGACUCCAAAGCGAGACAUCAAUGGGAUACCGGACAGUGACAGUAUACCGGCCAUCAAGGUCACCCUGGUGGCCAGAAUGCAGCUCCCCUCUAACAUCACCUGCUGUUUGUGUGUUAGAGAAGAAAUGAUGGUAGCUACAGAGGAUGGGAGUUUACAUCGCAUCAAAUGGAAUGCCUCACUCAAUACAAAGGCUUCAUUUCAUAUACAGGGGUUUCCUGCAUCACUGGACUUCCACCAAACGAAAGCCUCUAGACUAGUGGUAGAAGAUGGUUGUGUUCAACAGAUGGAGUACAGUCCUAUCAUUGGUGGAUACACUCUGGUGCUCUCUAGUGGAAAGGCCCUAUUUGUUAUUCCACCCUCCACAAAGGCAGAGAACAGCGUGCCACAAGGGGUGUGGGUGACGGGGCUGACGGAUGCCACCUGUGUGGCAGUCAAUCACAGGUACCGCCUGAUGGCCUUCGGAUGCAAGAGUGGCGUCGGUGCUGUUUAUGUGAUCAAUGAAGUGGAGGGUACAAUAGAACUGUCCUAUAAACUACAGGUGUCCAGCAAAGACUUUCCAGAUGCUGCUCAGAAAGCUGGACCUGUCAAGUGUAUGAAGUGGACACCAGAUGGCACUGCUGUAGCGGUCUGCUGGAGGAACGGGGGAUUCUCUCUGUGGAGUGUAUUCGGUGCCCUCCUGUUGUGUUCUCUGGGAGGAGAUCGAUAUCCCAGUGAUAGUCCAAAGCUGUUCCCACCACCUGUGAUCUCUAUGGAGUGGGGGUUGGAGGGGUACCAACUGUGGAUGGUCUGCCAGGAGAACAACAUUAACGGAGUGGUGGAGGAGGAGAGACAUGAUAACACUAAUGUCCUACAGAUACAGUUUGUCAAAAGCGCACUCACCGUCAAUCCUUGUGUGACAAACCAUGACCAUGUGUUCUUACAAGGAGAGGAUAGGCUGUAUAUGAAUAUCGGUGACAGUUGCUCCUCCUCCCAAGGUGGGGCUAGUCAAGAGAACAGCCAAUCACUGAUGUCCAUAGGAAACAAAAUCUGGCAAAUCAUACCCAUCUCUCACACUUAUCUUGGUGCAAAUUGGCCAAUCAGAUAUGCAGCAGUUGAUAGGUCUGGUCAGUGUGUUGCCGUGGCUGGCAAAACAGGACUGGCUCAUUAUACCUUCUCCACACGCAAGUGGAAACUGUUUGGCAACGAAACACAGGAGAAAGACUUGGUUGUAUCAGGAGGAAUGACCUGGUGGAAGGAUUUUAUUUGUGUGGCCUGUUACAACAUCAUAGGUCAAAGGGACGAGAUUCGCUGUUAUCCCAAGAACACAAAACUUGACAAUACCUUUGCUGUGAUCACAAAGGUCCCCUCUCAGAUUCUACUCCUGAACACGUUCCGCGACAUCUUAAUCAUCUUCUGUAUCGAUUCUCAUGUCAUGCUGUUCAACAUGGAGAGGAAAAAUUCUCAGAAAAAUCCUCUGAUGGAGUUGAUUAAAGUACAGGAGGUGGCCCUGGGUAGCUACAUCCCCCACCCCGUGUGUGUCACAGGGCUGGCCCUCACCUCACUUAGGACAGAAAAGUUUGGUAGCAGGACUGUGCAACCCAACAGAGAUUCAGAGUGCUUGUUGCUCAAUGUUGCUGGGAAGUUGCUGAUGUUCCAGAGAGACGAGACGGGGCCACAGAUCCAGGGGAAACAAAACAAAAUGAAACCUCAACCCUUUGGUUCCCCAGCUGUGGUUGCCACUAAUGUGGAGAACAUGUGGUCUACCUCACGGACGAGUCAUGGUAAAACACAGCUGAUGGAAGCUCUGUGGUUAGGAUGUGGGGCCCAGGGGAUGAAGGUGUGGUUACCUUUAUAUCCAAGACAUGAGGGUAAAACUCACAACUUUAUGUCCAAACGCAUUAUGCUGCCAUUCAGGGUAGAUAUUUAUCCUCUAGCUGUGUUGUUUGAGGAUGCAGUGAUAUUAGGAGCAGCCAGUGAUGGUGUCAUGUACAAAUCUCCCAGUGAGGACACAAAGAGAUCGGUCCAAAAUCUACCCUUCUGUAUUAUAGAGAGAACUAGUCAAAUAUAUCUCCACCAUAUUUUACGACAACUUCUAAGGCGGAAUUUGGGAGUAAAUGCCCUGGAUUUAGCCAGAUGUUGUACAGAGUUAUCCUACUUCCCCCAUGUUCUAGAGUUGUUACUUCAUGAAGUUCUAGAAGCUGAGGCGACUUCCAAGGAACCCAUUCCAGAUCCCUUACUACCCCGAGUUGUGGCCUUUAUACAGGAGUUUCCAGAAUUCCUACAAACCAUUGUACACUGUGCAAGGAAAACAGAAGUGGCAUUAUGGCCUCACUUAUUUUCUGUGGUUGGAAAUCCCAAAGAUUUGUUUGAGCAAUGUAUGGUGAGUGAGGAGUUGGAGACGGCAGCCUCGUAUCUCAUCAUUCUACAGAAUCUAGAGCGACCCAUCAUCAGUCGACAGCAUGCCACCCUGCUGCUAGACCAAUCUCUGGAGAGAGGGAAAUGGGACUUAGCCAGGGACCUUGUCAGAUUCCUUAAAGCAAUAGAUCCAUCAGAGUGUACCACGCCCCCUAUACUGGCCUCGUCGAAGACGCCCUCCUCCAAGACCUACCACUCGGGCGUCCCUAGUCCUCCCAUAAUGUCGUCCGAGGCCGACGGAUUCAGCUUCAACACUGUCAGCAAUGUCAGUAAUGUUAGCAACGUCAACCGAAUACGGAGCUCCAGUAUGACAGGAGCAGACUACUCUGAAAAUGUGCCAAAGGGGAGCAAACCCAAACUCAAACAUACAUUCUCUGACAACAUAUUCAGUAAUAAGAAAAUGCCAUCAAAGCCAAAAGAGGAGGGGGCUCCUGAUCAAAUGUACAUAGACAUGAUUCUCUGUCGACAUUGUCGGAAACUUCUAGAGACAAAUCGACUGAGGGACAUGGGAUAUUUUAGUGCCAACACCGAGGAUUUUCAUCUUGUCUCAUUUUUAAAAAGAGAGCGAUUAAAAAGUGCAAAAGUGGAGGACUUUGUAAGAGCAGUAAAGGAUAUUCAUCAACAGUUCGAGUGGCCCUUGCCAAUUCUCUCAUACCAUGUGUUCCAGCAACUCAAAAAUAAAACUUUCUCCUCCUCGAGCCUAGCGUCUCUGUCCCUGUUAGAUGAGGAGAACCUACCCACAGUCAAUGUGGGGGCACACAACAGUGACACAGAGUACCAUAAAUACUUGGGGACCCUGCAGUCCCCCUCCCCCCUCAACCUCUCCCAGGCCGUGUCUGAUGAUGUGGUGUUAAAACCACAGGCCGCCAAAACUGAGGAUAGCAGCUUGGCCACCACCCUGGAUAUCUCGGACUCGAGCUCACUGUUGGGGGAGCUCGAUUACAUGACGGAGUCCUCCUCCCAGGACACCCUGUCCCCCGAGCUGGAGAUCCUGUCCCAGGAGAUGGCCAAUAAAGGGCCGCGGCAGUCCGAGAAUGAGCUCAGAUAUUUGUUACAAAUCACACUGGAAGCUGGAUGUUUGGAGUGGGCGAUGAUUAUCUCCCUUGUUUUACGUGACGUAGAAGCUGUGGUGAGGACGGUUAACACGGCCAGCAUGACAGACACGCCCCUGGAGAUGGUGGCCAGAAUGAGGGAGGGGCUCUCCUAUCUAGAACUGUGGGCAGACACCGAGUGUCUGGGAUAUAAACCAUUCCUUCAUUUUAUAAGGAAGCAGACACAAAUGUUAGGUAAGCUGGCAGAACAAACUCCACCAACCUUACAGCUGAGUACCUCUGUCCUUGAGGACCAGAGCAGUGAGGGGGAGCAGUUAUCUCCCGUACAACAGACGAUACACAGCAAGGAUGUAGACAGUUCUCCCGACAGCAGCCCCACACCGGGCAGAGACCCAGCUAAAGGUAGUGACUGUGUGAUCUCAUGAAACUGACAAAGAGAUGAUAGGAAGGCCAGUAAACGUGUGGGAGGGAACCAGCUAAAGCAUUUCAUGUGUUUCCACUAGUCAAACUCUACUGCUAUUAUUUCCAGAGUUCAGUUACUUUCUUACUGGUUGGAAAACAUUAAUAUUUCUCAUUGUUGUGAAGAUAAUCAAAAUCAAUAUGAACAAAGCAAGCUGACUUGUGAUAAACAGAGAUAUUGCUAAUGACAGAGGGUGAAUAUUCAACUGAAGGACAUGCUGAGCAGUCACUGAAUGGGUCUGAUCACCAAGAAGAGUAUGCUUUCAAAUCAAUAACUAUAUCAACUGGAAGGAAGUGCUAUCCAAUCACAUAUUAGAUAAGAUCAGCUGGAAAUCUAGCCAAUCACCUUCUGGAAUCAUGUCUUAGCUCAGAUCAACUGGAGAGGCAUCCUAGCCAAUCACAUGCUAGACCAGAUUAGCUGAAAAGCUAUGCUAGCCAAUCAUGUGUUAGCUCUGAUCACCUGGAAAGAAAUGCUAGCCAAUCACAUGUUAGAACUGAUCAGUAGAUCAGUUUGGUUCAUUUUUCAAGCAGCAGAGCUGUUUCAAAUACUGUCAUGUUAACUUUAACUGUCGUGGCAGAUUUUAAAUGUAUUAUACCUUCAUAUAAUUUCUACUGUUAAAUAUCUGCAUGUUUUAAUCAUACAUCGACAAGAUCUAAGUUUAAUGUUCAUCUCACAAUCUUAAAUGAUAAUCACUAUUACAUUUGUUUUAUUUCACAAGCUUCUUGAUGUUGAUAUGUAAACAUUUUUAUUAUUUUAUGUCAGGGAAUGUUUGAUACAUGUAUUUAUGCACAGUUUCUCUGUAAAAAGUGCUUUUGUGAAGUGCUUAAUUGUGUCAUUUGAAGAAGGUGUGCCAUAUCGAUAUCAUUAAUCAGGCUUCUUUUUGUAUCAAGUAAGAGUAUGAAAAUGAAAGGUUGGGAACCAGUGGGCUUUCAGUGAAAGGAGAACCAGUUUAUUUUGUUAUGCUUACAGCAAUCAUUUUCAUGUGUUUUCCAUAUGUAGGAUUUCAGUAUUACUCAGCAGUGUUUAGUCAGAUCCCUCACAGUGAAGGACAGCAAGGAAUUUAAAUGUAUGCAAUAAACAUGGUAGGAAUAUAAAUUUUUCUGUCUAAAUCUUGAAAAUCUUGUGAAGUCAUGGGCAUUUAUACUUUCUAUGCUUAAGCAAUCAUUUCUAUUAUGCCCCUUUAGUAGGAAAAUAUCGAGGACAAAGAGUUUUUGGGCUGUCUGUCUGUUUGUCCACAACAAUUUUAACCUAGCUGAUCUCUUUUGAUCAGAUUGUUGUAUGGGUCUGACCUUUUCUGGCUAAAAUUUACCUAACUUCAGCUUUGGUCAUAACAUUUAAAUCAAUAAAUGGUUGGUGCUAGGUCUUUCAUAUUUCAAAUGAUUCCUCUUUGAGAUAAGAUAUUUUCUUUGGAGGAAAACAUUUUCAGUGCCAUGAUCUUGAAGGUUAACCUACUUUUGAAAAACUUAAACCUUGGUUAUAACUUAUAAAUAAAUUGUCCUAGGGCUUUCAACUGUUUAUUUUUUGUGACAAGAAAUUUCUUUGAUUCCAAAAUUUUUGACUUUAUGAUUUGACCUUGGAGUUUGACCUUUUUGAAAACUUAAACUUUGGAUAUUAUUUCUGAAUGGUAAUAUUGAUAGGGCUUCGACAUCUCACAAUUAUACUCUUUGUGACAAGACCUUUCUUUGCAUACCAACAUUUAUUAUCCCUUGACCUUGGAGUUUUACUUGCUUUUGAAAGACUGUUACCUUGUCUAUAACUUCUGAUUUGGUUAUAUUAUGCGUAUAAUUCACAGGCAUACUUCUGGUAACCUAAAACCUUUCUUAUCGACAUUCCUUGUGCCUUGACCUUUGAAUUUGACUUGCAUUUGAAACAGUUGAAUCGUAGACAUGGCAUCAGUGUUUGGCAAACAAAUCCUAUUCUACUAUUGCCCCCCAAAAAAGAUUUCAGUUUAAAGAUCAUUGUCAUUCCAUAACUUCAUUUCUCAGAUCCAUAUGCCAGGGUUCCAUAUGCAUCAUUUCUCAAUUUAAGUGGAGUGUUUUUCUUGUACAUUAAUGAGCCUGAUAAAAAGUCAUGUACUGUUAAGUGGAUUUUAAGCAUAAUAUCAAUGUACCUCUCCAUUCUUCACAAGGAAUAUAAAUCAGCUAACCCAGUGAGUCUUAUUCCUCUUUAGGAAUGGCAUAGUUUAGAUACUGUUAACUUUUGUAAUUGAUUACAGCAUAUUCUUAAGAGAGAUUUCUUCAAGUCAUUGUCAUUUUUAUAUUAAAGAAAUAUUUUUUCAGAAUUUUAAACAAACCAUUUUGGAGUUUUUAUUCAUAAAAUGUUGAAUAGAAUAUGACUACUUUUGAGAAUAGAGAUAAUUUUGUUUUCAAAUGUUGAUGCCUGACUCUAAUUAUUUAGUUACAAUGUAUUAUAUAGGUUGUAUAAUAAUGCAUUAUACCAUGGAGAUUAUGCCUGUUUGAUGAUCUGUAACUCCCCUGUCUAUGUGUUUGUGUGUGUCCUUACUAAUGAUACAGAACAAAGACUUUUGUCCAUCAUGUUUCAUGAUUACUCAUCAUGGUUAAUUUUUUUCUUUCCUAUUUUAUCAAGAGAUAUCAGACACCUACAGUACCGUGUUGUGUGUAUGUCUAUAUGAUUAUACAAUAUGGCGCUUGUUUGAAGCUCACUAGAAGUAGUGGUGGACGCUCUAUGAAUUAAAAUGUUCAAGUCAUCAUUCUGUAAAUGUUUAUACAUACUUUGCUUUGCCUCAGGAAGUUGUGAUUAUUGAGCAUGUUGUUGCAUAUAAUUUCACAAUUUGUAGCAAUAUAAUUAUUUGCUAUUACUGAGAGCAAUGCAUAUGAUUUCAGUGACAAAUCUGUUUUAUGCAUAUUGAUUUAUUUGAGGUUUUACAGGUUUGGGCAUUAUUUAGCAGUUACUGUAUAUAUAAUGUUAAUUUACUAUGCAGGGUAGCUUACACAUAAGAAUAAAUAAUUUCUUAUCACUUCACUAAGGUGUAUAAAAUAAUUCUUUUCCAUGACAACAAUGAAAUUCUUAAUAAGGCCAUGGCCUGACUUUGCUCAAGAGCUCAAGAGCAUAUAGAAAGUAUAAUUCUAAGUAAGCGAUCAGUUCAAGUGAAAUUUUACUCACAUUAUUCAAUGCAAGUUCUUUAAAUGUUCAUGAAAGAAAUACUUGGUAAUAUAAAAAUGUUUUGUUAAAUUAAGUAACAUGACAAUCCUUUUGCAAAUUUAGAGCGAAAGUUAAAAAGUUUUAAUUAGUUACAUAUAAAUAUGUGUUCCACUUUAUACACCCACAUUGUGUAAUCAAAAUGCUUUCAUAUGUUAGUUUAUUGGUAUUUUCCAAUUUGUUUCACAUGAACACAUCUUGUGUAGGCUGUAAUGCCAAAAAUAUUUAGGUGCUGUUGUUUUACAUGCUUGUCACUUGUUGAUUAGUUUACACAAAGUAUUUUAAAUAUUUUACAGAGUGGAUUACAUGUUUGCUUUUCAAUUUUUCAAACUAUGAUUAAUCUUGUUUAGAAAUACUUUUUAUUGAAUUAUAUAUUCAAAUAUUAAAAAUUAAAAUAUGAAUCUUGGUAAACUGUAUUGAUAUUAAUUAUAUCUGUGUAAGAUGAGGUUUCUAGAAUCCAUAUGUUACGGCUCUGACAGACAAAGCUAGUCAUGCCAAUCAUUGUUUUAUGCCUUGACAAUUGUGAUAUGUGCAUUUUACAUUAUUUUAUUAUAGGCACACUGGAAUCAAUCAUUUAAAGUCAUCAUUGUACAAACUGACCAUCACUAAAUAAUAAAAUGUAUCAAUGUU